AUGGCUCCAAAACUACCGCUCAAAGUUCUGGAGAUCAUUCUCACCCAAAUUUAUCUCUCAUCUGUCAUCGAGCUCGAACAGAACAGCUCGAAGACAUAUGGAUCAGGUUCCAAAUCGCGCCAUUACUGUUCGCUCGCGCACCCUUGUUCGUCUGCCCGGCCAUCUAUGUCUUCGUUUGGCGAUCUGCGCCUGGUGUGCAGGGAUUGGGACAGGGCUUUCGCAUGCGUAAAACAUGCUUAUCCGUUCUUUCAAGACGUUGGAGACGUGUUCUAUCCAUAUUCAUGCUGGAUCAAGUCAAGGGUGCGUACCUGCUCCAUCAGCGGAAAAUAUAGGGUAUCUAUGACACUUCAGGCUGAUUGGGUUCAAGGCGUAUUCUUAGCGCUCGAUUACUCAGGAUCGGGAGGAUGCAGUGCAUCCCGUCAAGUAGUCAUCAAGGUGUUUCAACGCCCCACUCCGGAGAUGGUGACGGAGCGGAUGAUCUACAAUCAAUUUCGCCCGUUCGAGCGCGCCGACGGGAUCCAGGAUGGCAUUUCUACCAUGCUCGAGACCGGGUACGAUCCGAUGUGUGGUGUGAACUUCAUCGCGAUGCCGAGACUAGGGCCGAGCCUUGAACAUCUCAUCAAGCUCAUUCCAGGCGGUCGACUGACGCCGAAAAUGGUUGUAGCCGUAGCGUUCCAGCUGAUCUGUCGCCUAGAAGAGCUCCACAGACGGGGCGUCGUCCAUAACGGAAUCAAACCUGGAAACAUAUGUCUGUGUUCGGAGUCUGCAGCGCACUCGACCCCCGGCACACUCUGCAUCAUCGACUUUGAUCUUUCGUAUACACUUCCCGGUCCAGGGAAGAUUCCGAGGCAUACAGAUCUCAAAGGGAACAAGUCGUUCCUGUCUCUGUGGGCACAUCAUGGAAUUACUCAGUGCCAGCGGGACGACCUCGAGUCUCUCGUCUAUCUGCUCUCGUAUCUUCAAAGGGGUCCGCUACCGUGGGAGCGGGACGCUCAGUUGUCUUAUUACGAUGAGUACCAGCCACCUCCACAUAUCUGGCAGUUGAAGGCUUUGACGAGCGCGAAGGAUUUGUUCGAGGAUAUGGACGAGGCAUAUAUGCACUUUUUUAAGGAGGUGAAAGCGCUGGCAUUCGCGGAGGUGCCAAACUACGCGGCGCUGAAGGGACUAUUCCGUGACGCGUGGACCAGGUUGGUGCCGGGGGAGGUGGAUGUUUCGGUCAACUGGUGGGAUGUAUUGAGAAGGCUUCUAAAGGGGGAGAGCCUCAGCAGCAUCGACGCAGUACCAAGCCAAGCAGAGAUCCUAGAUCUCACGCGACUACCAGUCUCCAAGGACAUCCAGAGCAUGAGCACAUCGAGUAUGACGCCUCCGGACGGCACAGAGAUCCGGACUCCGUCGAAGCCUGUUUGA